AUGCAACAAGACCAUCAUAGCACUCCUAAUGAUCAACUCAACCAACACAUCAAUCACACAAUAUCCAUCACUUCACCAGAAUUCAGCCAUGGUGGUAUGCCGGACUCCAAAACCCCAUCGGAAUUACUGCCUCUGAACAUCAUGCAAGGUGGUCGUGGCAGCCUAUUUGGCAGUAGCCCCAGAAAUGGAUCGCCUUCUUCUCUCCAGCUAGGCGGAUCCACGCUCUCGUCCCCUCUUACUUCAGCCACAGCUUUGUUACAGAAAGCAGCCCAAAUGGGAGCUACGUCUAGCAAUGGUAGCAAUAAUAUUAAUAAUAAUAAUGGUAGCAUGAAUAACCUUGUUACUACCAUGGCACCUCCAUCUUUUGGUGGGGGUGGUGCAUACAACGGUACUGAGACCCUGAUUGACCAGUAUCAUCCUCAUCAAUCACAUUUAGCUGGGAUUAUCGGCGGUGGAUUCUCAAGCCAGUUCCAAGAAACUUCCAUGUCACGGUUCUUUAACCCAAGUAUCAAUAAUGGAGGAGGGCAUAGCGAUGACGUAGGAUUGUACUCGGGGUACAUGAACCCUCGGAAAGAGCUCAUUAUGAACAAUAACAACAACAAUGUUGGGCAUAACGCAAAUCCAGGAUUGAAUGAUUCCAACAAUCCCUUUUUGAGGUUUAAAAUGGACGGGAACGGUGAAAACUUGACCGUUGAUUUCUUGGGGGUCGGAGGAAUGAGACUCAGAAGUUUUAAUGAACAACACCACCAAGGAAUGGAAAUUUGA